UGCCCUUGGACAUCGACAGCCACGAUCUAAUUCCUGAAAGCAAAGGUUCGUAUCUUGACGUGGGUGCUCGGGUAUAUCCGUGUUCUCAUGUUGUGGUUCUUCAACCACCAUCCCUACACCUCCUUUACCAUCUUCACCUUUACUUCCACAUCUCCCACUCCUACUGUACUCUCACUUGCAUGUUUCCACCUCAUCAUUCACUCCCUUCAUUUCCGUUCUUUUCCUUUCUCAUCUUCAUAAUGUCUGCGGUUCGUUCGCUUUGUUUCUCAUCCCUUCCUCCUCCCUUCCUUCCUUGGCUUCUUUCCGUACACUAUCAUCUCUUUCCUUCACCUUCCUUCGCUUUGAUUCAUGGCGGGUCUCAUGGCUUUGAUUCACUUCUUCUCCUUCCUUCCCUGUUCACCUUCUCACUUCACAUCGCGCCAUAACUUAAACUGAUCAAAAUUCGCUUUCUUUCGUCUCAUUUCACAGAUGGUCUCAUCUUCGCCAAGCUCAUCAGCGACGUGCGUCCUAACACGAUCAAUUUCAUG